GAACAGGUACUAUUACCACCUUGGAUCACUUCUGGAUCGAUUAGAAGGCUUGGAAUCUGGGCAACAGUUCAAUUCUCCCAAACUGACUGAUUCAAUCCAAUCCAAUUUUAAUUGAAAUACUAGUAAUGAACCGACGUACACCCCUAGGUCAAUGGGUAUGAGUUUGUAAUGACCCAUGGUUUGGGAGGUUUGUAGUUCUGGAAAAAAAAAUUGUGAAAUGGCGGAAGUUAAUACAGCCCGAAACGACCCUGAACAGACUGUCGUUUAAUCCUUCAAUACUGUGCUAUAAGCCUAUAACUUAGUUCUAUCCCAAAACCUCACCUCACGCCUGGUAAUGGUAUCUCAUCAACUUGGACGACUCGUGCCCACCACCUCGUGAUUGCAUUCAUUUCUACAAUAAAUUAAAUUUCUCUCCAGAUUUUCUUCUUCUUUUUUUUCCUUUUUAUGUGCAUUCCAUGCACUGUUUCUCCAAAGAAAAAAAAGGCGCUUGCUCUUGAAGACCCAGUUGAGCCAGUGCUUUCCUUUGGCAGAGAGACUAGUCUUUUUCAACUCUUUAAGCUCUGUUCUGAUCUGGGUUUUUGCUAAAAUGGAGGUGGGUCUUGUUGGGUUGCUCAGAACAGCUUGGAUUGCAGCGAUACUGCCUAUACUCAUAGCUUCUGUACCUUCUUCUAGGCUGAGCUCAUUUCAUGGAGCUGUUUUGGAAUUUACCAAGAGAGGGAAGAUCAUGAAAUCUUCUUCUCAGAAGUUCACAGUUCCUCAAAAGUUCUUCUGCCAUUUCUAUCUGGUGGCUGUAGUGUGGACAACCCUACUCCUUGUUACAACUUGGAUGUAUGCGUAUAAAACAGUGCCAUUGGUUUAUCCUACAUUCGCCGGCCACUUGACUGGAGGUUCACACAUCUUUUCAUGGCACAAGUCUCAUUCGAUUCCUAUAAGUUAUAGAUAUGGCGUUUGGCGUUCUGUCUUUCUGCUUUUAUUGAUGGAAGUUCAAGUCUUGAGGCGCCUCUUUGAGACAAUAUAUGUAUUCAACUAUAGCUCCUCUGCUCGGAUGCACAUUUUCGGAUAUCUGACUGGACUCUUCUUCUACACAGCAGCACCAUUGUCACUUUGCUGCAAUAAUGCUCUGGAGGUGUACAAAUUUUCAUUGAAUGCAGUGGCUGAGUUCAUUGUCAAAGGCAAGACUACUGUGCAACACAUGGAAUUUGAUUGGUUGGAAUUUGUGAGUUCUCUUUUGAGGCUUCGUUGGCUCCAAUGGACUGGUGCGGUUAUAUUCUUUUGGGGCUGGAUCCAUCAGCGCAAUUGCCAUGCAAUUCUUGGCUCAUUACGAGAACACAGUGGACAAAAUGAUGAAUAUGUGAUUCCUCAUGGUGAUUGGUUUGAAGUUGUUUCAUCUCCACACUAUCUGGCUGAGAUAGUUAUAUAUGCUGGCCUUGUGGUUGCUAGUGGAGGAACAGACCCUACAAUCUGGUUACUUUUUGGAUUUGUGGUGUCAAACUUGGUAUUUGCAUCCGCGGAAACACAUAGGUGGUACCUCAAGAAGUUCAAGAAUUAUCCCAGUAAUCGGCUUGCCAUUAUUCCAUUUGUAUACUAAGUGCAAACAUAUAUUAGCUUGUGCAAAGGUAAGUGAUCGUAAAGCUUUUUUAUACACACUUGAACAAUCACUAUGGUAGCUUCUUUUCUGCCCACAGCAAGCCGAUGGAAAGAUUGAAAACUUUGAUGCCCUUCCCAAACUCUUUUUUCUUGUUUAACAGAAA